GAGGCAGAGGCGGUAGCAGAAUCGAUUUCCUACCUCAUCUCAGAUGGAGGGGCUCCUGGCUAGCGAGAGUUCACACUUGGAACUUACCGAGGGGCGCUGCUAAGGAAGCUCCACAGAGAAAUGAGAACAUUAUUUGGUAUCUCCUGUCUGUUGGCCUUCAGUAAGAAUGAUCUCAGAUGGAAGCUAUGGUAACCAUGGAGACAGGGCAGGUGGCAAGGAGAGGCAGAGACAGACAGCAGAGAGCGACCGCUUCGGAUUGCGACAGGCAGAGAGAAGACGUAAGGAGCCAUUAGACCGAGACCUUCAAGCAAGAUGGAAAAAUAAGGACAGUCUAAGCAAGAUCGAGUGUAAAGAGAUGCAGUGAGAAAGGAUGUGUUACAAGGAGAAGGUGGCGUGAGGAUAUACCGCUGUCUGGCUCCAGCCCCCCUCACAUGUAAUCUACAAGGAGGCAACCAGAUCCCUUGCUUCUCUCUGUGCAGUAUGGACUCCGGCUGGGCAUCCCAAUCGCCUCUCUCCACUUCUCUGCACAGUGUGCCAUGUGCUGUGGGUAGCAGGUCAGAUCUGGCGUACAGGCGCGCAUAAACACAUCAAGCGCGGAAAAUGGGGCUCUGCUCGAGGAAGAAUUGGGAUGGUCCCAGUUUGGAUCGCGGAGGAGUCUCCUGAGGAACAUUUAGCUUCUCUCCUCCUGAGCCGGCGCCGUGCCCGGGGCGCACCGGGAGGAGGGACCAGGAUCCGGUGCCGGGGCGCAGAUACUGACACCAAGGGAAUCUAGGUGCCCCCCUACGCCAUGUGGGCCCUCGGGAACCCGGUUCCGCCACCCCGGCUGCUCCAUGGCCCUGGCCUCAGUCCUGGCCCCUUGGAGAUCCUGCGGACAUUCAGGUCCCAAAUGCCAGCUGCUUCCCUCCCCCCACUCAGUUUUUGGGGCUGUGGCAACCUAAAAGAGGGAUUGGCUUCGCCACUGAGCCCUCAGGCUUCCGCCAGCCACCACCCCCACGCCCCUAGACCUCCUCGGCGGGCCCCAGUCCCGGCUUCAUUGGUGCUUUCGCCCCAGCCGCAGCUAUGCUGCACACCGAGGGCCACGCUCUUCUUCGGGCCGUAGGUCAGGGUAAGCUCCGCUUGGCCCGUUUGCUUCUGGAGGGAGGCGCCUACGUGAACGAGGGUGAUGCCCAGGGUGAGACUGCGCUAAUGGCGGCCUGUCGGGCCCGUUACGACGACCCCCAGAACAAGGCACGCAUGGUACGCUACCUCCUGGAGCAAGGCGCGGACCCCAACAUCGCAGACCGCCUGGGGCGCACGGCGCUCAUGCACGCUUGCGCCGGGGGAGGGGGCGCCGCCGUGGCGUCGCUGCUCCUGGCCCACGGCGCAGACCCCUCGGUGCGAGAUCACGCCGGCGCCUCGGCGCUCGUCCACGCCCUGGACCGCGGGGACCGCGAGACCCUUGCCACGCUGCUGGACGCCUGUAAGGCCAAGGGCACCGAGGUCAUCAUCAUCACUACCGACACCUCGCCCUCGGGAACCAAGAAGACACGGCAGUAUCUCAAUUCCCCACCGUCCCCGGGGGUGGAGGACCCUGCUCCCGCUCCUCUCAGCCCGGGGGUCUGCACCUCACCUUCGGAAAUCCAACUGCAGACUGCGGGGGGAGGGGGAGGGGGAGGGGGAGGGGGAGGAGGAGGACGAGCACUGCUAUCCCCUCGCGCUCAGGAAGAAGAGGAGAAGCGGGACGUCUUCGAAUUCCCUCUUCCUAAGCCCCCCGAGGACCCCUCCCCUUCUGAGCCGCUCUCCAAACCCCCCCGUCACCCUCCGAAACCACUCAAAAGGCUCAACUCUGAGCCCUGGGGUCUAGUGGCCCCUCCUCAGCCCGUCCCGCCCGCGGAAGGGAGGCUGGGGAUCGAGCGCCUGACCGCCGAAUUCAACGGCCUGACCCUGGCCAGUCGACCCCGGCUUUCCAGACGUCACAGCACUGAAGGCCCUGAGGACCCGCCUCCGUGGGCGGAGAAAGUGACGGGCGGGGGUCCCCUCUCGCGCCGGAACACCGCGCCAGAAGCUCAGGAGUCUGGCCUCUCUUCGGGGCUGAGGCAGAAACUGAGCCGCAUGGAGCCGGUGGAGCUCGACGCUCCCGGGAAUAUUUGCCCCGACUCGCCGGAGUGUGGCCGCCCGUCCCUGGAGCGCCGCCGGUACAGCGCCUCCCCGCUGACCCUCCCUCUGGCGGGCUCGGCUCCCUCCCCGCGCCAGUCUCAGGAGAGCCUGCCCGGGGCCGUGUCUCCUCUGAGCGGCCGGAGGCGGAGUCCCGGGCUGCUGGAGCGGAGGGGCUCGGGGACGUUGCUCCUGGACCACAUCGCGCAGACGCGGCCUGGCUUCCUGCCUCCUCUCAACGUCAGCCCCCACCCUCCCAUCCCUGACAUUCGCCCCCAAGCCGGAGGCCGCGCGCCUUCGCUGCCCGCCCCUCCCCAGGCGGGGGCGCCAGCCUCUCCGAGGACCAAGCGCAAGUUGGUGAGGCGCCACUCGAUGCAGACUGAGCAGCUCCGCCUGCUAGGGGGCUUCCAGAGUCUAGGCGGGCCCGGGGAACCGGGGCGCUGAGAGGAGUGAGAGGAGUCAAGGAGGGUGUGGAUCAGGACCUUGAUGGUACAGGUGGGAGAACCAGCUGACACGCACACCACGGACACGGGGGUCUCUUGCAUGUGCUCAUGGGCACGGUGCACGCACACGUGGGUACAAAAGUGUCCACAAGCACAGUACUCUUAUUCGCAGAGAAGGGUAAGUACUCUAUUUACUGGGCAUACAGACACACGCAUUCAUGUCCUGGUCACUUCACAUGCACAUGGGAAUUCCUUGGGUACCCAUCCCCAGGAACGGCACACACAGGGCCACUUGUGCUAGGGCCCCAAGUGGGUCCCAAACUCACUUGCAUCUGUUCAGAAGCAGUAGGGAGCCCCUAUCUAUGAGUAGUCUCCAAUCUGUUUGCCCUCCCCCCGCCCCCCUGCAAAAGCAAUCCCCUGCUUUCCAUGUAGGCCCUGCAACAUGGCUCGUUCAUGACUUUGCGCACUCUGCCCUCUUCCUGAAUAUCCCACUCCCUUGUGUAGGUCUUGCUUCUCUCUCUGGGCCUGGCUCCUUUCACACCCUGCUUACAGCCCUAACCACCUUUCAGGAUAUCUUCUUCACUUUCCUUGGGGAUUUCCUGCAGCAAUCCCCUGCCUCAGUUCUGCUGCUGCUGCCCUUCUUGCUCUCAGCCUUACUUCUCAACUUCCUGCUUUUUAUUCCCACCUGGUUCCCCUGACCAAUCAACAGGUUGUCUCAUUUUCCCAGGGAGUGGGUCAUGGGCUCGAUGCUGCUCUUCUGUCUGUCUGAGCUUAUGAACACCCCCACAGGUAGCAGUGGGGAGUAACCCUAAAUCACUCCUCUCUCCACUUGACAUAUCAAAUAAAUGUGUUCAGAAGUCU